AAUCACUUAAUUACACACCCAAUAACAACAAAUUAAAAUAAUUACGCUGUUUAAUAAAUAAUGCCUUUUUAUUGUUCACUCUAAACCAUUAUUUAACAUGGCAAGUAACCACCUUGCCCUCCCUUUGAAAAAAAUUGGCGCUCAGUUUUAAAUUAAAACUCAGUUUCUGUAGCAGCAUGCACAAUUUGCACGUGCGUGAGUGUAAAUGUUAAAUUGCGAAAGUAGGUAUUAGAUAAUUCGGAAAAUUCCUUGUAUCUACGUUGCACUGUAAUAUGCAGUUUGAUAUUGUAAUAUUUGGAGCCUCUGGCUUCACUGGUAAGAAGGUAGUGGAAGAGAUUUCCCGUGGAAGAGCCAAGUAUGCUGGGGUCACCUGGGCAGUGGCCGGCCGCUCGGAAGCCAAGUUGCAGAGCCUGUUAAGCGAUAUUUCUGCCAAGUAUGGCGUAGUCAUAUCCGGUAUCAAAAUUAUAAUUGCUGACGUCAGCGAUCAGUCGUCGCUGACAAGCAUGUGCAGACAGGCCAAGGUGUUGCUGAACUGCUGCGGGCCUUACCGCCUGUAUGGUGAGCCGGUGGUGCGUGCAGCUAUCGAAGCCAAGGCGCACUACGUCGACAUCACUGGCGAGGAAGAUGUGAGUUUUGAUCGACUUUAACGGUGUGUUAGCAUAGAUUCCAUAAAGCAUCUCAAUCAGUACCAUAAACAAACAAACAAACAUACCAUCGAAACAAACCCGGAUAUGCCUACCUAGCAUCUAUAUCUAUACUAAUAUUAUAAAGCUGAAGAGUUUGUUUGUUUGU